AUGCCCAGCCCAGCUGCCAGCCGUCCUUCCUAUCGCUUUCAGCUGAAGCCGCAGCGAUUCCGAGAAGCGCCUGAGCCGGUUCUGAAGUCCUUGACGUGGAAGUCGGCUCCGAGCGAGCCUGAUGCCCGUGAGAGCGAUGCUUUCUGGUGCGCAGCAGCCUCCGAGAUCGCCGACAAGCACGUGAAGUCUGCUUUCGGGGGCUUGAAGGAAGCCCUCCGUGCAUUUCGCGCCGAGAAGGUCGAGCGACCCCCCAGAUCCAUGCCUGUGGUUCUGGCCCUGGCUGGAACAUCAGCGAAUGACCAUCAUGCCACAAUGCGCCGCGUAAGAGAGCUGCUUCACCAGGAAGUACCAGGCGUUUGCACAGCCCUGGUUCGGCCCGGUGAUUUCGACAGCCUCGCCGCUGCAAAUCGUCGCAUUGGCGAGCAGCUGCUCGCUGACACGAUGGCCCGCCAGUCAGAGCCACAGGAACACCUGGAGCACCAGGAAGCAGACGCUGGUGAAGCUUGUGACGACGAGGAAGACGCGUGCGCCGCGGCAUCAAGCUUCGUCCGCUGCCAUGCGAACUCAAGGUGCAUGACCGUCCUGUGCGUGGAAGCGGCGGAUGCAGCACCCAAAGACGUACUAAGAGAUGUCCUGGCAUACUGGCACGUCAACUGCAUGGCUGCUAGCAUUCCUGUCGUGGCAUUCCUCGGGCCGGAGCCGGGCGCGUUCCAUCACACUCAGACUGUGUGCUUCUUCGACCCCGAGAAGGUGUUUCAUGAACUCCUGAGCAAGAUGAAGGAGGUGCAUUCGUGUCCAGCUGUGCGAGCACCAGAUGUGCAGAAGCGCCUGAGGGGCAUCUUCCGGCAGCGUCAGCAGAGCGUAUCCCAUGUCCUACAGAUGGUUUGCCUGCUGGCUGCGAACGGCUUCGACCAUGGGCAGGAGGCUCUGGAUGAUGCCGAGCGGCACUUGGUAAGGAAGACGGAGGGCAGGCUGCGCAUGCUUGCCGCCGAAGAGCCACAUGAUGGUGCUGCCAAGGAUGCAGGCAGCCCACUGCGAGACGCUGCUCGCAUCUACCAGUAUUUGGAGUGCUCUGUUGGGCGGCAAAUCAAGGUCGCGGAUCUCUGGGCCUCGUGCCAGAAGAACCUGUUUACUUCUGUGGCUGAUGACGCUGCUUUGCCCAGAUUCCAGCAUGCCCUAACCACGCUUCACUGGCUCGGGCCUGGAGCUUACAGUAGUCUUCAGAAGCGAAGAAUCACAGGGCAUGGGCUUUUAACAGUGAGUACACACCCUUUUUCGCCUUGUACAUAA